ACUUGGUUCCAGCUUUUGCUUCGGAAGAGCCGUCCAGCACCAGGAGAAAAAUAUUUCUCCUGUUAAAAAAAAACAAAAAAACACAACCCUCUCAGUGCAGCCUCAGAGCCCUUCGGCACUGGGAAGCUGUCCGGAGACGUGGGCUGAGCUCUGCGGCAGAGGACACUGUACUGCCGCUGGUGCGCGGGGCUCCCUGGGGACCUGCCACCCCCUGUGCCACCCCUGAUGGAGGUGCUGAGACGCAGCGAGCCAGGUGGGCUGGCACCCUGAGGAGCAUACAGGCACAGCAGCAGGUGCCGUGGGACAGCUUCGCCCUCCCGGCUGCGUUUCGGAGCUGCCAGGAGCCCAGCGGGAUGGAGGCGCAGGGAGCGGACGCCCGGCUGCGCUGCGGGGUGGGCCUGCAGGUGCGCGACGGACCACAACUCGGACAACACCACGGCGAUGCUGCGCGAGUGGCUGGCGGCGGCGGGCAAGGAUUAUCACUCGGUGGUGUGGAAGGAGGCGGAGGGGCCCAGCGCCUACCCCGACGAGCUCGGCCCCAAGCACUGGAGCGACAAACGCUAUGAGAACCUCAUGAGGCUCAAGCAGGAGGCUCUGAGCUACGCCCGGGAGCAGCGGGCGCAUUACAUCCUGUUCGUGGACACGGACAGCAUCCUGACCAACAACCAGACCCUCAAGUUCCUCAUCGCGCAGAACAAGUCGGUGGUGGCCCCCAUGCUGGACUCGCAGACCUUCUACUCCAACUUCUGGUGCGGGAUAACGCCCCAGGGCUACUACCGCCGCACGGCCGACUACUUCCCCACCAAGAACCGGCAGCGCCGGGGCUGCUUCGCUGUGCCCAUGGUGUACGCCACCUUCCUGAUCGACCUGCGGAAGGAGGAGACGUCGCGGCUGGCCUUCUACCCGCCUCACCCCAACUACACCUGGGCCUUCGACGAUAUCAUCGUCUUCGCCUACUCCUGCCAGGAGGCGGGCGCUGAGGUCCACGUGUGCAACCAGCAGCGUUUCGGCUACAUCAACGUCCCGGUGAAGGCCCACCAGACGCUGGAGGACGAGCGCGUCAACUUUGUGCAUCUCACGCUGGAGGCCAUGGUGGAUGGCCCCCCCAUGCAGCGCUCCAGGCACAUUUCUGUCCCCCCCAGGCCUCUCACCAAAAUGGGCUUUGACGAGAUCUUCCUCAUCAACCUGGUGCGGCGGCCGGACCGGCGCCAGCGGAUGCUGGCGUCCCUGCGAGAGCUGGAGAUCGCUGCGCGGGUGGUGGACGCCGUGGACGGGAGCACCCUCAACAGCAGCGACAUCAAGGUGCUGGGUGUGGACAUGCUCCCGGAGUACUACGACCCCUUCUCCGGCCGCACGCUGACCAAGGGUGAAGUUGGCUGCUUCCUCAGCCACUACAGCAUCUGGAAGGAGAUCGUGUCCCGGGGGCUGGAGCGCUCGGUGGUCUUCGAGGACGACGUGCGCUUCGAGGCCUCCUUCCCGGCACGGCUGCGGCGCCUGAUGGAGGAGCUGGAGGGGGCGCAGCAGGACUGGGACCUCAUCUACCUGGGGAGGAAGCAGGUGAAUGCAGAGGACGAGGCACCUGUGGUGGGUGUCCGAAACCUGGUGGUGGCCGGGUACUCGUACUGGACGCUGGCCUACGCCAUCUCCCGCCGCGGGGCGCAGAAGCUGCUGGCCGCCGAGCCCCUCUCCAAAAUGCUGCCGGUGGACGAGUUCCUGCCCAUCAUGUACGACAAGCACCCCAACGAGGACUACAAGCGGCACUUCGCCCCACGGGACCUGCUGGUGUUCUCGGCUCACCCCCUCCUGGUUUAUCCCACCCACUAUGCCGGGGACAGCAACUGGCUGAGCGACACGGAGACCUCCACCAUCUGGGACGACGACUCCAAGCAGACGGGCUGGACGGGCUCGCAGAAGACCCUGAGGGACCCGCGGGGUGGCGGCGGGGGCUACCUGCGUUCCUCCACCCGUGACGAGCUCUGAUGUUGCUGGUGCUGGCAGCGGAGCCUCCCCAGGGGCAGCCGGACCUUUGUCUGCCCGGUGUGAAAGCAUCAGGAUGCUCACGGCUUGCUCCUGCCUGGACCGCUAGCAGGGAUGCUCACUGCCUUUUCCCCCGAGGGACCAGGCAUCGUGACUCUGUGGGGAGCAUCACUGGUGCCCCAAGGUGGGAUUUAUCCCUGGGGCUCUCGGAGAGCCGGUGCCCAGCUGGGCAGGGGGGCUGCUGGACCGCUCUGCUGGGGACGUAUUUUCCUGGUUUGCCAGCACUGUCCCGAAUGGUGCAAACUCCAUCUGUUUUUUUUGGACAUCUCAUGUGGAUUUGCAGGUGCGGGAGGAAGGGGGAAGGCCUCAUGCCACCUGCCGGGCCUGUCCCUCACCUGUGCCGCGUCUGGGCUGAAGCCCAGGGAGGAUUAAACCAGACUGUUUGGAGCUGA